CAAAAGGCGGCAGCCGAUUGCGUGGAGUGAGGAAACUCGUCUAAGGUUUGGGAAAUCGAACCCCGGUCCCUCUAGGCUCGCGAGGCGAGCGCUCGAGACCACCGGGCUCCGGCCCUUUAGGUCAACGGACCUUGGAGCCAGGCGCGGACUGGGCUUUUCAGAUCGCUUUCAUUUCUCCUGUUCCAUUUCUGGACUGGAAUAGCACCACCAGGAGGAGUUUGGGGCCACAUUUGAGAUCUGUGUGGAUGUUCAGGUCCUUUUUGUCUCUGACCUCACAACACACACACACACACAUCCACGCAGAGCGUUUGGGGAUUUCCUCCACAAACACCCAACACACUCACUCCUCCCUUUCUCUCAAUCUCCACCCACACUCCCUCUCUCCCUCUGUCCCCCUCUCCCUCUCCUGAAGCUCAGAGGUCACUCGAUUGCGGACCUCCUUCAUGGCAUCGGAGAGCAUGGAGCUGAACAGCGAAUACUUGAGCGGUGGACGUCUGAAUUCCAGGGAGGUUCGACAAGGCAGGACGAUCAAUGUGAACCAUUACGCCAACAAGAAGAGCGCGGCGGAGAGCAUGCUGGACGUGGCCCUGCUCAUGGCCAACGCCUCGCAGCUUAAGGCCGUCAUCGAGCAAGGCUCCAACUUCAACUUCUACGUGAUCCUCAUCAUCCUCAUCAGCAUCUCCCUCAUCUUCCAGAUCAUCGUGGGCAUCUUGUUAAUCUUCACCGUGAAAACCAAUCUGAACGAUGUGAGUAAACAAGCCAAACUCGACACCGUCAACAACAUCACCACCGGCCUCGUCUUCGUUAUCGUCAUCGUCAACAUCUUCAUCACUGCGUUCGGGGUGCAGCGACCACCGUUGCCGUCAACCGCGUCACAGUCACGUUAGCGGCAGAUUGGGUUCAGCUCACAGUGAAACUUCCUGAAACUCAGUGUCCAGGGACUUCUCUGGCACAACUUUGGGAUUAGGACGAAGAGGGUUCCUGCACAUGAGAAGACCUCAGAAAUACUGGAACUGUAGAGGUUCCUCAGCUAGAAACCUUACCAUUUACUCUCUCUACCAAUGACUCAAGAGCCACAUAUCAGUAUUUAUAACAGCAUCUUUCUCUUCUGCCAAGGCGUUUGCUGGGAUCACUAACACGCAGAAAAGCCAUCUGUCUCUCUCCAUUAACCCGAGUUAUCUUAUUCCUCGUAGAACCUAUAGCACAUUAGCAAGAUUCUUCCAGAAAGUGAAGGGCUCACCCAUUAAAACAUCAGCUGGUGCAGGCAGAUCAGAACAAGAUGCUUAGAAGUCACUCUGACCAAUAAAGAGUGUUGCCUUUUCAAAGUCUAUCCGAACAACGGCCUCAGCUUCAAUACUGCAGCAGCACUUGGAACGCACUGGAUUUCUGGGCUAUCGAUCCAUCAGGUGAUUGAUCACAAGGCACCGCCUCUCCUGGUUCUGAGACUGAGAAUGUGGGAUAGUCGACUCAGUGAGUGAGCAAGCGAGCGAGCUGGUUUGUGUGAGCGCGGGAACGUCGGAGUAGGUUAUUCAGCCCCUCGAGCCUGUUCCGCCAUUCUAUUAGAUCACGGCUGAUCUGUGCCUCAUCUCCAUGUAUCUGCCUUUUCUCCGUAUCCCUUGAUACCCUGACCUAACCAAAAUCGAUCCGCCUCAGUUUCGAGAAUUUGAAUGGAUCUAAUAUCCACAGCCUUUUGGGGGGAGGGAGAGAGUUCCAGAUUCCCACUCUCCCUUGGGUGAAAAACUGCUUCCUGAUUUCGCUUCUAAAUGGCCUCGCUCUAAGAUGACAUCCCCCCACCCACAAGGGGAAAUAGUUUCUCUGUAGCUACCCUAUCGAAUCCCCUUUAAAAACAUUUUAAACACCUGAUUCAGAUCACCCCUCAACCUCUCCAAUCGGUUUCCAAUUUUAAAGUCGUUAAAUACUGUUCAGCAUCCAUCCACCCAGUGAACAGAUGGAGGCUAUGAACCCUGUUCCACCCAGUCUAUUAGAUCUCGACAGACCUUUACAUGCACUGCCCUUUCAUCCGAACCCUCAAUAUAUCUGGAAUGUGCGAAACUGAGCUUUACUGUUCCCAUUAACACGGAGAAUAUACAACUGUAAUGGCAAUAUUUAUAAUGUGACUUUGUAAUACUUGCAUAAGUCUGAUUCUGUAUAAAUCAUAUAAUCAGCUGAGUAGUACAUCUGCCCACGUCUCAUUCAAGAAUUUAUGUUCUAUGCAAGUUUGACAUAACUCAUACUUUGCAUAAGUCAUAUUCCCAACUGAUAUGGCUUAUGUGAAAUUUACUGUGCUCUUAAGGAUGAACCCCCAAUUCAAUGUACUCCUAGCCUUAAGACCACAGCACCUUUAAAAUUUAAGUUGCCGGCACUCCACAAAUAAAUCUUGUGAGUCUCUUUCAA